AUGGCGCCGAGUACUACUACCACGCCGUGUACUGUAGUUAAUCGCAAACGAAAGACACAAACCACAACGGGCGGUAUACUAUCGUUGGUCAAAAGAAAAAAGGCCAAUCAACGCGAAAGAAAUAGAAUGCACGGACUAAACGAUGCGCUCGAUCGUCUGCGAAUGUGUGUGCCACUUCCGGUGAGUUUACCAGCCGCGGCUGUGACCGCGACUCAGUCGGUGUACGAUGAUCAACCCAUCACUUCAUCAGGACCAGUGACAACGCAAAAGUUAUCAAAAAUCGAUACUCUCCGUUUGGCACAAAACUACAUUCUCGUCCUGCUCGAGACGCUGCGUACUGGACGUCGGAUUAAUUUUGAGCACUUGAUUGCCGUACUAGCGUCUCGGUUAAGCCAGGGAACUGUUAAUCUUCUUCGUACGAAACUUCGCCUGGAUCGAGAACUACGGCGUGGUUUGGUGCUGGGUGAAGAGGAUUACUGCGACGCUGCAACCCCGUACUGUUUGUGCGCCGGGGCGAGUUGGCCGAUUCGAUCCGUUCAACAACAGUUAUCAUACCCAGCAGCACGUUCAGUGGAGCAGUGGAGCUACGGGUGUGCUUACUGUCAGUACGAUUACAGGGAGCAUGAUGAUUCUACCUAUCACUGCACGCCUUCCAACGGGUACUAAGGAGACAC